GAACAAAAAGUCCGAAUAACAGAUGCGAAAUAGAAAUUAUAGGAAAUUGUGUGCUGCAAAUAAGUCAAUUUGCUAGAGAAUUCGGUAACAUUUUUCCUGGUAAUGAAAUAGAGUUGACUAGACAAUGCCAAAUAUUUCAAGAGGUGAGGAGUUGCAUAUACAAUUAUAGCCGUAAAUGCGUGACUUCUACAGAUAAAGCAAUCCAUCACUUCAGUUACAAUAGAACCGCAGAGAAAAUGAAAGAGUUUUGCAAUCCAAGUAAACAGCUUUACAAAGAUUAUUUGGAAAAAGCUUCGUGUAUAAAACAAAAUUACAGGGAUGUAACGUCGUGUUUCAAAGAUAAUUUAUCAUCCUUACUUCUUAUAUUUCAAGAUUAUUCUAAAGACAAGGCAGAAAUAUUUUGCUGUGCUUUGAAUAAUUUAAGAAGAUGUAUCUUAACUCUGUACGAAAGUAAAUGCGGCGCCAAAGUUACACCUUUGAUGAAGUUGCAGAUAGAAUUCCUUUAUUCAGAAUGGAUUAUCGAAAUGUGUAAUCCAUAUUUUCAUUUGAAAGACGAUUGUAUGCUUAAAUCCGAUGAAAUUAAUUUGAGUGAAAUAAGCAGUUUUGAAUAUCUCAAAAAAUACUUUGUUCCUGUUUCUAAAUCUUAAAAACUACUUGAUGAUUUAAUUGUUUACACAGUAGACACUCGUUAAUUCGAACUCAGAGGGACGGUCUAAAUAGUUCGAAUAAACAAGAGGCGGAACAACCGAGUUCGAAUUAAGAGGAGAUUCGAAUUAUCUGAGUUCGAAUUAACGAGAGUCUACUAUAUUAUCUAAAAUAUAUUAAUAUUUUUAUAUAGUUUCUUUAAUAUUAAUAAACACUGAUAAAAAUCAGUAUGCAAUGUACUAAAUAAUAGUAUACUUCUUAUAUUUCAAGCAUGCUGUUCCUAGCUGCAAAACAUUUGUUUGAAAAUAUGUUUUGUGCAAGUCAUAGACUAUAAACAACAAAAUAGUGUUGUUUUAACGAGCUAGUAAUAUUUGUAUAUUCAAUUAAAUUUAUGCUUUUCAUAAAAAUCUAAAUAAUUAAGACUUUUUUAAAUAAAUACGUAAGGAAAAGAAAACAUCCAUUUUUAAUAUUUGUAAUGGUAAUCUUAAUAACAAUCUAUAGAAAAACGUGAAACUUUCUUUUAACUUUGCCAAUAUUUAUAUAGUGAUCUCAAUAGAUCAUUUCUGAAAAUUAUGAAUAAUGUAGAAUAGUGAUAUGCAGUGAAAACUGUAACAACGGACACUGGCGGAAACAUAAAAAAUGUCCGUCGUUUGAAGGUCAUUUUGUAUACAUUUUCAUUAAAAACGAAAAUUUCCUGAAAAAUGGCAACUGUUUCGAAACAGCUGUUGUUGAGAGGUGGCCCUUAUUAGAGGUUCUGUUGUAAUAUAUAUAA